AUGGCUUCCCGACCUGCUGCCCGUGCUCUCCGCCAGUCCGCCAGGCAAUUGGCUGUCGCUCCUGCCCAGAAGCGCACCUUUGUCUCGGCUUUGAACGCUGUCCGCGCUGGUGUGGCCGCUGCCCCCAAGGCGGCUGUCACGUCCCAGUUCCAGCAGACCCGCGGUAUCAAGACGAUUGACUUCGCCGGUACCAAGGAGACCGUCUACGAGCGUGCUGACUGGCCAAGAGAAAAGCUUUUGGAAUACUUCAAGGAUGACACUCUCGCCCUCAUCGGCUACGGGUCUCAGGGUCACGGCCAAGGUCUCAACCUCCGUGACAACGGCCUCAACGUCAUUGUCGGUGUCCGAAAGGGCGGUGCCUCGUGGAAGGAGGCUGAGGAAGAUGGCUGGGUCCCCGGCAAGAACCUCUUCGACAUUGACGAGGCUAUUGGCAAGUCGACCAUUGUCAUGAACCUGCUCUCAGAUGCCGCUCAGUCUGAGACAUGGCCCGCCAUCAAGCCCCAGCUCAAGGGCAAGACUCUCUACUUCUCCCACGGUUUCUCACCCGUCUUCAAGGACCUCACCAAGGUCGAGGUCCCCACCGACAUCGACGUCAUCCUCGUCGCCCCCAAGGGCUCCGGCCGCACUGUCCGCUCCCUCUUCCGUGAGGGCCGUGGUAUCAACUCCUCCGUCGCCGUCUUCCAGGACGUCACCGGCAAGGCCAAGGAGAAGGCCGUCGCCCUCGGUGUUGCCGUCGGUUCCGGAUACCUGUACGAGACCACCUUCGAGAAGGAGGUCUACUCCGACCUGUACGGCGAGCGUGGCUGCCUGAUGGGCGGUAUCCACGGCAUGUUCCUCGCCCAGUACGAGGUUCUCCGUGAGCGCGGCCACAGCCCAUCUGAGGCUUUCAACGAGACCGUCGAGGAGGCUACCCAGUCCCUCUACCCCUUGAUCGGCGCCAACGGCAUGGACUACAUGUACGCUGCCUGCUCGACCACCGCCCGUCGUGGUGCCAUUGACUGGAGCAAACGCUUCAAGGAUGCCCUCAAGCCCGUCUUCGACGACCUUUACACUUCCGUCAAGGACGGCAGCGAGACCAAGCGCUCGCUCGAGUACAACUCGCAGCCCGACUACCGUGAGAAGUACAAUGCGGAGCUCAAGGAGAUUGACGACCUUGAGAUCUGGCGCGCCGGAAAGGCUGUUCGCUCCCUCCGCCCCGAGAACACCAAGUAA